ACAGAGGUUAAGAAGAGACAACAGUGUUUUAGAGCUUCUGAUAUCAGUCUGAACUGGACUAAAGCUGAAUUGAUCCUAUAAAACUGAACUCAGGAUGAAGAUAAUCCUCAUCUUCACCUUCUACCUGAUCUCAGCAGGGGGUGGAGCAUCCAGUGAAGUGAGGGGAUAUUCAGGAGGAGGAGUUCUCAUCAAGUGUAAAUAUGAUAAGGAAUACACAUCAAACAACAAGUACUUCUGUAAGGGUUCAGUGCCAAACUGUGACGACCAGAUCAAGACGGAAGUUAAGAAUAAAUGGGUAAAUACAGGAAGAUUCUCACUGAUUGAUAACACCAGCUCUGCAGAGUUCUGGGUGAUGAUCAGAGAGCUCACUGUACAGGAUUCUGGAACGUACCAGUGUGCGGUUGAUAUAUAUUUGCUCAAAGACAUCUACACACCAGUGAUACUGAAGAUGGAAGAGGAUCCCAACUAUAAGAAGAGCAUCAGUGUGAAUGGUCAUCUAGGCAGAGAAGUGAACAUCAGCUGCAAUUACCCACAAUCCCUCAGCAGUAAACACAAGUUCCUCUGUAGGAGAGAGGGCAUUGUUGACUGUAACAACAACCAUCCAUUAAAAGAGCGUAGAGGAUUGAUAAAACAUGAUGACAGAACGCACAACUUCACAGUGAGCAUCAGCAAUGUAACUGAGGGAGAUUCUGGUGAAUACUGGUGUGGAGCUGAAUCAGACUGGGAAAAAGAUCAUGGAUACAAGAUUUAUUUUACAAGAAUCAAUCUGACAGUAGCAACAGAUCUAAGAGAACCAACAAGAACAUCACCCUCUUCUUCAUCUUCAUCAAUGUCAAACACAACUGUAGAUCACUCAAAGGAACACAAAUUUAAAUCCACUGGAGCAUCCACAUUAGAGACAAAAGCAUUUCCAGCUUCCUCUGUGGUCACUGCUGUUUCUGUGAUUCUGGUUGUGCUUCUGAUUGGACUCUUAUUCAUCACAGUUUUACUUCUAAAAAAACAUCGGAAGAAUCAAGCUCCAGUGUACGCCACUGUGGAUUUCAGCAAGACUGAAGAUGUUACCUCACUAACCAUCAACAAGAAGGAGGAGUCAUGUGACUACGCUACUAUAAAACAAUAGUAGAUAUAAAGAUCUAGUCAAGAUGUAGCAUGUAUUACUUUUUUUCUCCAAUUUGUAUUAAUUUCCACCAAAAAACAGACCAUAGUGUGGAUUUUUAACACAGAAAGACUUUUAUUCUGGUAUUUUAUUUUGUGUUUUAAG